GCUGGAGCUCUAGGUCUCCUCUUCACUGCUCUGUAUCCUGUGCUCCAGGAAGCCAAGCCUAUGUGGCCCUGUGACCUGCAGGGACUGUUGACAUUUAGGGAUGUGGCCAUAGAAUUCUCUCUGGAGGAGUGGCAACGUCUGGACGCUGCACAGCAGAAUUUAUAUAGGAAUGUGAUGUUAGAGAACUACAGAAACCUGGUCUUCCUGGGUAUUGCUGUCUCUAAGCCAGACCUGAUCACCUGUCUGGAGCAAGGAAAAGAGCCCUGGAAUAUGAAGCGACAUGAGAUGGUGGAUGAGUCCCCAGAUAUAUGUCCUCAUUUUGCUCAAGACUUUUGGCCAGAGCAGGGCAUGGAAGAUUCUUUUCAACAAGUAUUACUGAGAAAAUAUGAAAAAUGUGGACAUGAGAAUUUACAGUUAAGAAAAAGUUGUAAAAGUGUGGAUGAGUGUAAGGUGUACAGAGAAGGUUAUAGUAAACUUAACCAGUGUUUCACAACUACCCGGAGCAAAGUAUUUCAAUGUGGUAAAUAUUUGAAAGUCUUUUAUAAAUUUUUAAAUUCAAAUAGACAUAUGAUAAGUAUUACAGAGAAGUCCUACAAAUGUAAAGAAUGUGAAAAAACCUUUCAUUGGUCCUCAACCCUUACUAAUCAUAAGAAAAUUCAUACUGAAGAUAAACCCUACAAAUGUGAAGAAUGUGGCAAAGCUUUUAAGCAACUCUCAACCCUUAUUACACAUAAAAUACUUUGUGCUGAAGAGAAAAUCUACAAGUGUGAAGAGUGUGGCAAAACUUUUAAUCAGUCCUCAAGUCUGACUACACAUAAGAUAAUGCAUUCUGGACAGAAACCUUACAAGUGUGAACAAUGUGGCAAAGCAUUUAUCUGGCUUUCAACCCUUACUGGGCAUAAGAAAAUUCAUACUAGAGGAAAAUCUUGCAAGUGUGAAGAAUGUGGCAAAGCAUUUAUUUGCUCCCCAACCCUAACUAGACAUAAGAGGAUACACACUGAAGAGAAACUCUACAAAUGUGAAGAAUGUGGCAAAGCAUUUCUAUGGUCCUCAACCCUAACUAGACAUAAGAGGAUACACACUGGAGAGAAACCCUACAAAUGUGAAGAAUGUGGCAAAGCUUUUAGGCAAUCCUCAACCCUUACUAAACAUAAGAGGGUACACACUGGAGAGAAACCCUACAAAUGUGAAGAAUGUGGCAAAGCUUUUAGGCAAUCCUUAACCCUUACUAAACAUAAGAUAAUUCAUAGUGGAGAGAAACCCUACAAAUGUAAAGAAUGUGGCAAAGCUUUUAAGCAAUUCUCAACCCUUACUACACAUAAAAUAAUUCAUACUGGAAAGAAAUGCUACAAAUGUGAAGAAUGUGGCAAAACUUUUAAUCGAUCUUCAAAUCUUACUGCACAUAAGAUAAUUCAUACUGGAGAGAAGUCUUACAAGUGUGAAGAAUGUGGCAAAGCAUUUAUAUGGUCCUCAACACUAACUAGACAUAAGAGGAUACAUACUGGAGAGAAGCCCUGCAAAUGUGAAGAAUGUGGCAAAGCUUUUAGCCAUUCCUCAACCCUUGCUAAACAUAAGAGAAUUCAUACUGGAGAAAAACCCUACAAAUGUAAAGAAUGUGGCAAAGCUUUUAACAAUUCCUCAACCCUUACUAAUCAUAAGAUAACUCAUACUGAAGAGAAACCCUACAAAUGUAAAGAAUGUGGCAAAGCUUUUAAGCGACUCUCAACCCUUACUAAACAUAAAAUAAUACAUGCUGGAGAAAAACUCUACAAAUGUGAAGAAUGUGGCAAAGCUUUUAAUCGAUCUUCAAAUCUUACUGCACAUAAGAUAAUUCAUACUGGAGAGAAACCUUACAAGUGUGAAGAAUGUGGCAAAGCAUUUAUCUGGUCCUCAAGCCUUACUAAACAUAAAAGAAUUCAUACUAGAGAGAAACCCUUCAAAUGUAAAGAAUGUGAUAAAGCAUUUAUGUGGUCUUCAACCCUAACUAGACAUAAAAGGAUACACUCUGGAGAGAAGCCCUACAAAUGUGAAGAAUGUGGCAAAGCUUUUAAGCAUCCCUCAACCCUUGCUAAACAUAAAAUAAUAUAUGCUGGAGAGAAACUCUACAAAUGCGAAGAAUGUGGCAAAGCUUUAAAUCAAUCUUCUAAUCUUACUACACAUAAGGUAAUUAAUACUAAAGAGAAACCUUACAAGAGUGAAGAAUGUGGCAAAGCAUUUUUCUGGUCCUCAACCCUUACUGAACAUAAGAGAAUUCAUACCAGAGAGAAACCCUACAAAUGUGAAGAAUGUGGCAAAGCAUUUAGCCAACCCUCACACCUUACGACACAUAAGAGGAUGCACACUGGAGAGAAACCCUACAAAUGUGAAGAAUGUGGCAAAGCUUUUAGCCAAUCCUCAACCCUUACUACACAUAAGAUAAUUCAUACUGGAGAGAAACCCUACAAAUGUGAAGAAUGUGGCAAAGCUUUUAGGAAAUCUUCAACUCUUACUGAACAUAAGAUAAUUCAUACUGGAGAGAAGCCCUACAAAUGUGAAGAAUGUGGCAAAGCCUUUAGCCAGUCCUCAACCCUAACUAGACAUAAGAGGAUGCACACUGGGGAGAAACCCUACAAAUGUGAAGAAUGUGGCAAAGCUUUUAAUCGAUCCUCAAAGCUUACUACACAUAAGAUAAUUCAUACUGGAGAGAAACCUUACAAGUGUGAAGAAUGUGGCAAAGCAUUUAUAUCAUCCUCAACCCUUACUGGACAUAAGAGAAUUCAUACUAGAGAGAAACCCUACAAAUGUGAAGAAUGUGGCAAAGCAUUUAGCCAAUCCUCAACCUUAACUAGACAUAAGAGGAUGCACACUGGAGAGAAACCCUACAAAUGUGAAGAAUGUGGCAAAGCCUUUAAAGAGUCCUCAGCUCUUACUAAACAUAAGAUAAUUCACACUGGAGAGAAACCCUACAAAUGUGAAAAAUGUGGCAAAGCCUUUAACCAGUCUUCAAUCCUUACUAACCAUAAGAAAAUUCAUACUAGAGAGAAACCCUACACAUGUAAAGAAUGUGGGAAAUCUUUUAACCGGUCUUCAGCCUUUACUAAACACAAGGUAAUUCAUACUGGAGUAAAACUCUACAAAUGUGAAGAAUGUAGCAAAUCCUUUUUCUGGUCCUCAGCCUUAAUCAGACAUAAGAAAAUUCAUACUGGACAGCAACCCUACAAACAGGAAAAAUUUGGCAAAACCUUUAACCAGUUUUCACACCUUAUACGGAUAAGAAACUCGUAUUGGAGAGAAAUCUUACAAGUGUGAAUAAUGUGGUAAAGUCUAUAAAAAGUCCUGAAUUCUUAACAGACAUAAGAUUAUUCAUACUGGAGAGAAACUCUACAAACCUGAAAGAUGUGCCAGUGCUUUUGACAACUCAAACUUUUCUAAACAGCAAGAAAAUCAUACUGCUGAGAAAUCCUAGAAAUGUGAAGAAUACGACAAAGCAUCUAAAUUAUUGUCACACUUGAUUGUAGGUAAGAUAAUUCAUACUGGAGAAAACUACCAGUGUGAACAAUGUGGCCAAACUUUGAACCAAUGGUCACACCUUAAUGAACAGGAAAGCAUUUAUAUUUGAGAAAAAGUAUACAAAUAUAGACAAAGUAAAAAUGCCAUUAAUACCUGCUCACAUCUUACUCAAAAUCAGAGCUUUCAUACUAAAUAAAAACAUUAGAAGUGUAAUUACUGUCAAAAGAUUGAUCAGAAAAUACAUCUUUAAAGUACAGAAGAGUAUUUAUUUUGGAAAAGCAUUACAAAUAUGAAGAGGCAUUAUUUAUGACCUUUUCUAUGGAAAGAUUAAGGACAUUAAAAUGUAAGAUGCAUGAUGAAAAUUUAAGUAGAGAGGAUCUUUGUGGUUAAUUUGUAAUAUUGAGUGACGCAUGAGGUAGGUGUUCAGAUUAGUAUUCUUCUGCAUUAUUAUGAAAGGAAAACAUUCUUAAUUUUAGUUAAAAUUUAAUAUGAUUGCAUUUUUAUGAAAUAUUGCAGUAUAUUUUAAAAUUAUAAAUUACAUGUGAACUUAACUUUUCAACUCAACAUUUUUAACAUGUUAAAUACUAUAGUGAAUUCAAUAAAGUGUUAUUAUGCCUCUAACUUUAACCUAUUCCACCUUACUCAAGGGUGUAAGUAAAAGAUGGUAAAAAUAUACUGUUUAGUAAGAUAAAUGGACUGACAUCUCUUGUAAACUUUUUUGCCAGUGACUUAAUUGCCAUUAAG